AUGGGAUUCAUGGCAGGGUCUUUCACGGCAUUGCUGCACGUGGUGUCCGCGCCAGGAUUGGCGUACAUCUGUCUUGGUGGUUUUGUAGUCUUGUUCUCGAUGGUAUCCCUCCUGGUAAAAGAGAAGUUUUAUAUCAACGAAGUCGUCCUCGGAACUGCCUUUGGGAUCAUCAUAGGCCCACACGUCGCCAACGUAUUCACACCCCGCACAUGGGGUCCCUUGCAAAAUACCAUAACAUUGGAGGUAAUGCGCAUCGUCCUCGCCACCGGCUUGUUCGCGGUCGGUGUCGAAUUACCAGGUGCAUAUAUGAAAGAACAUGCAAAGAGCUUGCUCAUAAUGGUUGUGCCCACCAUGGCCUUUGGCUGGGUCGUUGUCGCCGGCAUCAUACAAGCGCUGUUUCCGGAGCUCAAUUAUGUCUCAUCUCUUUGCAUUGCUGCUUGUUUGACCCCUACGGACCCAGUCACAUGUGCUGCCAUAACUCGUGGUAAAUUUGCUACUAAACAUGUCCCUGUGAAUAUUCGUCAGAUAUUAUCUGCGGAAUCCGCAGCGAAUGAUGGUCUUGCGUACCCGUUCCUUGCGAUAUCCAUUUACCUCACCGUAGAGACAUCCGUUCGAACUGCUCUCGGCAAGUGGUUCUUGGUGGGAUGGCUAUACCAGGUCAUACUUGGCACUGUUUUAGGUGCCGUUCUAGGCCUUCUAUUCUCGAAGCUCAUGAAGAUAUCCCACAAGAGGGGCUUUAUUGAUCGUGAAUCAUAUGUGGCACAGUAUUUGGCUCUCGCCAUCUUCACUAUGGGAAUCGCGAGCACCAUUGGUGCUGAUGAUCUUCUUGCAGCAUUCGCGGCAGGUUCUGCAAUUUCUUGGGACGGUCACUUCAAUGUACAGACAGAAGAUGAUGUAUUCUCUUCUGUGAUAGACUACGUCUUGAACUGUGGCUGUUUUAUCUACAUCGGUGCUUGGCUACCUUUUGACGCCUACAAUUCUGCUGAAUAUGGCAUCACCCCUUGGAAGCUCGUUCUCCUUAUGAUCACUAUUUUGGUUCUGAGGCGAAUUCCACCCUUAUUGGCACUCUACAAGUUUGUCCCAGAGAUUACUUCCUGGAAGGAAGCGUUGUUCUCUGGCCAUUUUGUCAGCGCGGUUUUCGUGUCUGCCUUAGCUCUUACGCGUUUGCCAACUCCGGAAGACCCGCCUGCAAAUCAAGCCCAGUAUCUCGCAGCAGUUAUCCAGCCUAUUGUUUCCUUUAUCGUCCUCGGUUCUAUCAUCGUUCAUGGCUUAUCUAUUCCAUUCUUCAACAUGGGUCGUGGCGUACACUCUCAUACGGUCUCGUUAACCAUGACGUGGACCAGCCGUAAUCGUGCUACGGUCCCGGAUUGGGUCCUUUGGGCCCGCCGUGCUCCGGAUGUUGUGGAGUCAGCUGUGGAUGAAGACGUAGAGCGAGGUUCCACCAGGACUCCUAAAGACACCAAUGAAUCUGCUGUAAAUAUUCCGGACACCGGUCCCCCGGAUGUCCUAACCUUCGAGGAUGUUCAUGGGGAUGUCGUGUCAGUCAUGACUAGACGUCAUAGUCGUGUUAUAGAUGACUCUUCUCCAGAACUGGUGCAUGUUGAGGCUAUCGACAACCACACUGGACCAGGGAAUUUGGGUAAUGGCGCUUCGGAUGAUAAUCAGAUUAAGAAUGUGCGCUUCCCGACUGCUCAAUAA